AUGCGUAAACCGUGCAUAGCUCUCACAUUUGCAACGCUGAUAAUAUGUGCCGAUAUAAUCAAAUCCGCGCCCGUGCAAAAAUCCUUACAAGCCAAAUUGAAUCCUUAUUACUUAAAAGCAAUGGCGGCCUAUAAGAAACUUGAAUCGAAAUUACCACGUGAAGAUCUGCGGGCCAUAACGACAAUUGGUAUUUUGAACGGUGCCAAAGAGGCAGAGCAACAAAUGGAACGCCAUCUCAUCGAAGAGGUCAAGGAUUUGUUGCUCAACACGAAUGUGAACAAUCAAGAAAUGGUUUUGCCAAAAAUUGAAAAAAUCGAAGAACAAUUAAAUCGUGAUAAAAAAGCAUUGGAGAUUCUAACGAAAUCUAUGGACUUGGCCAUGAAAACGAAAGAUGUUAAAACUUUUCACAAAGAAAUCCGAGAUAUUGCGGCAAGUUUAAAAGAUAAGGAGUCGGCCACCGCGUCGGAUAGUGAUGAAAAUAGUGUGGGUAAAAAGGUGUCACAACUGAGGAAACAUAUUCUACAGCAAAUGAAUCUGAUGAAACAUGUUGUGGAUGAUAAAAUCGAUAAUACUUUGGAUUAUUUAAUUGAACAUGCCGAUAAUGAUGGUGUUCUGGCCAAGGCCAGUACGAAAAUUGUGCGUAAACGUCAUGUGGAUCAAGAAGAACCGGCUCAGAUAAGACAAAUUAAAUCGAUUCUAACUGAGGAUGAUUUCCGCAAUAAUCUGGUACUAAACGAAGAUGGUGAUGGUGACGACAAUAAAAAAGGCGAUGCCAACGAUGAUGAUGGCGAUGGUGACUCCAGUGAAGAGGACAAUCUUCUGCUACCAUCCAAUAAUGUUAUUGAAACUAACAGCAAUGGCAGCACAGCCGCAAAGAAAGUUGUGGCCAGAGGCAGCAGCAAUGCGACAGAGUCGCUGUCGUUGUCUGAUGUAAACGGGAGCCCUGACAAUGCGACUCUUGCCAAGCAGGAAGAAGGUUCGCCCGAACUGUUGGAUAAUGGCAAUGGCGGAGGCGGUGGCGGGGGUGGCCUGGUGGGCAUCAUAACCAGUUUGAGUGGUGGCGAAGGAGGCUCUGACAUCGGUGCGCUAAUAGGAGCUUUGACUGGUGUCAUUUCGCAACUGUUUGGACCUGGUGGUUUGGAUAUUGAAAGCCUUUUGAGUUCGGCCACUUCCUUAAUUUCUGGUCUAUUGGCGGGUAACAAAAACUUUGGUACUGUCUUGGGCAUUUAUGUGGGCACCGUAUUCGAUGGCCUAUCUGGCGGAGGAGGAGCUAUCAACAAUGGACAAUUCAUUGGCAAUUUCCUGGGAACUGUGGUGGCUUCGUUGAGUGCUGACCCCGAAGAAGAUGAUGUCCCUCCCCGGCCGUUGCUAUUCCUUCAAAAUGUUCUCAGCAGUUUUAUAGAAGCGAAAAAUCGCAAAAUGGAAGAGGAGUCGGCGGAACGUAAAGAUGGCCAUAAAAAUAGUGGAGAAAAGGGUGGUGGUGGUGGCUCAGACUCAUCGGCCUUCAUCAAACAUGUGGUGUCCCAUGUUGUUGGCAGUGUUGUCAGUCUAAUAUUGAAUGCUUCGCUGGGCGCUUCCGGCGGUGCCUCUGGUGCCUCGCACUCUCUAUUUGCCGGUAGUUCUGCGGGCCAUACCCAUCAUAAUGGUAAUGGCGGAGGUGGUGGCGGAGGCGGCAAAUUUUAA